AAUAACCAUCUCUCUCUCUCUCUCUCUCUCUCUCUCUCUCUCUCUCUCUCUCUCUCAUGGAGAGCAAGGAAGCAGUAAAGGUUGUGGGAUUUUGGAUAAGCCCAUAUUCACUGAGAGUGGAGUGGGCUCUGAGGCUUAAGAGUGUAGAGUAUGAAUUCAUUGAAGAAGAUAUCUAUAACAAGACUCCUCUGAUUUUGGAACUGAACCCGGUUCACAAGAAGGUGCCGGUGCUGAUUCAUGGCGAGAAAGUGAUACUCGAGUCCCUUGUGAUUCUCGAGUACAUCGAUGAGACAUGGAAACAAGUCCCACUUUUGCCUCAAGAUCCGUAUGACAGAGCCACCGCCCGGUUUUUGGCUAAUCUUGGUGAGGAGAAGCUUUUUGUGGAUGCAUGGAUUUCUUUGUGUUCUCAAGGAGAUGAAAAGGAAAGAGCUCUGAAACAAGUCAGGGAGGGCAUGAAGAAGAUAGAAGAAGAGCUCAAAGGGAAAAAAACCAAGUUUUUUGGAGGGGAAAGCUUGGGGUAUUUGGAUCUUGUGCUUGGAUGGAUCUCCUAUAUCCUUCCUGUUUGGGAGGAAGUUGGGUGCAUGAAAAUUGUAGACCCAAUUCAAUUCCCAUCAACCACUGCUUGGAUGGAAAAUUUCCUCAACCACCCUGUGAUCAAGUUCAAGCCGCCACCCAGGGAUAAUAUGGUAAUUUACUUCCAGUGGCUAAGGAUAGAAAGUGGUGCACAAAUAGCUAGAGUUGGGCCAAGUGGGGCCAGGGGUGUACUUAGUAUAAAGUCACCACCUAAUUUUAGACAAUUGUAUACAUGGAAUUGACCCCACAAAGGGACAAGAUAUUCUCUCCAUAAGACUCCUACCCGGAAAAAAAAUUCGUUCUUUUAAUGACCGGAUGUCUAAGUCAAUCUGCGCCUAAUUUGACUACUCAGUCUCGAAAUUAAUGAACGAAUUAACCCUUCAGUUGUCACAAGAUUUGAAAUAUUUGUUCUCAAUAAAAUUUGAAUAGACCAACUCGUAGAAAAUAAGCACUUAUUAUUUUCUC